UUUAGGAAAUGUUCGUCUCUGCUGUUGGAGCCGAGUCGUCCACUGUAUUUAUCGCAACACGUGGAUUCGAUCAUAACCUCUCUUAAAACGUCAAUAAUCAAUCUUGUUAAAAAUUGUUUAAACAAUGGGGAAACAGGGGCCACGUCUGACGAGCAGGAAAAAAGCAAAGCGAUGGCAGAAGGGCCAGAGCUCCAGCUCUAAUCCAGAAACGAAGAAACAUCGAGAGCAGGCCCGGUCACGUUUCUUCCAAGAGCACCUAGGUUCUACAGGGCUGACCACCGAGAGUCUUGUGAAACACGAUGCAUUGCAAGGUCUAGAGCAUCUAGAGAUUUCAGACGACGCCUCGACGACGACAACCUUCAAAACCUUCGACACAUUCGCGAGUGAUUACUCCAACUGCUCUAAUCUGUCCUUCUCUCGUUUCCUCACGCACUUCCAGUCUUCAUCAGCACUCCACAAGGAGAUGCUGGCGAUCCUCGCAGCGGUGACGGAGGUAAUAAAACAAAACAGUGGGACAGAGUCGUCCACUGAGUACUACGCCGCCCUGAUGACAACCCUGGAGCAAGCAGAAAGCGAAGAAUCUGUGGCAGCGAUUCUCUCCCUCCUGGGAAUGGGCCUGAAGACCGUCCCGAAGAGUGUUCUGCAGCUGCAGUUCAGCGAGGCCAGUCAUACGUUCUUCCAAGUCCUCACAAAAUUCGCUCCUAGUGACAACUACCUAAUCCUGCGCCACUGCAUCGGGUGUCUAUCUCUUCUGCUGCGUUCGCAGGAGUCUGCCGUCUGGUCCAACUCCUCGACGAUCCAUGUCCUCAAUGGAAUUCUCGCCUUCACAGUUCAUUCAAAGCCAAAACUCCGAAAAGCCUCGCAACACGCCAUCUGUGCCAUUCUCAAGGGUAGUGACCUCAUGCGAACUGAUAAUCCACCUGCGUACCAUCCAGCAGCUCACCAGGUGGCCAAGCAUUGUCUCCAUCAGCUGGAAAAUGCAGGUCAACCUGGUACGACCACAACAACUCUCCACAUUCUUACACUCCUCAAGGAUAUUGCCCAUCAACUCCCCAAGAGCCACGUCAAGUCCAUCUGUGAAGGUCUUCUGAGAAUUAUGACCUUGAACAAUCCACUGGUGACCUCGUGCUGUCUCCAGACCUUCCAUAGUCUUUUUAUCUCGAAGCCUCCAGAGAGUGUUCUCCCCAGUCAACUCAAUGCCCAGAUAAUUAACGCUCUGUACGAUUAUCAGCCAGCUCCUGGAGACACUCAACCCACCCUGGCCUGGCUAGCAGUGAUGCAGGAAGCCCACUGCAACCUGGCGAGUAAUUCCCUUUCCCUGUGUGCCGCUAACCUCCCCAGGAUCAUCGAGAAGACCUCUGAGCUCUGGCUGUCUGAUAAAACUGAAGUGGUCACAGCAGCCUCCCACACCAUCAAGAAUCUCAUUCAGGUGUGUGUUGCUAUGAUGUGUGAGAACGAGGCAGUGGCUGAGAACUACAAAGCACCCCUGGGGAAGAUUAUUCAGCUGGUGCAAGGUGGACUCAAGUACCAGUUCAAUUCAGCUUGGCACCAUGUGCUGCACCUGUUGGCUGUGGUAUUCCAAACGGCUGGGGGUUGCUGUCACAAGGAAUUGUCUCCGGUUCUGGUGGAGCUCGCCGAGUUGAGGGACUCUUACAAGUUCACAUAUAACUCUGAAGUUGAGUAUGCUGUGGGGGCCGCUGUGAGGGCCAUGGGACCAGAGUUAGUCCUCGCUAAAAUUCCUCUUCAAACUGGGCCCGAGGGGAUUGAUUUAAGGAGAAGCUGGUUACUACCAGUUCUGAAGGAAUGUGUGAGUGGUUCUUCCCUUGGAUAUUUUGUGAGUUACAUGCUGCCACUGGCGAUCAUGUGUGAGAGAAAGUCGAACGAGCUGAAGUCGAAGAACGAUGGAGUAGGAGCCCACAGUCACGAGCUGCUCAACUCCCAAAUCUGGGCGCUUCUUCCCUCCUUCUGCAACAACCCUAGGGACAUCAAGGACAGCUUCAAGGACCUGGCAAGGAUCUUAGGCAUGGCUAUUAGUGAGAAGAAGGAGCUGAGGCUGUCAGUGAUGGCAUCCCUCAGGAAAUUAAUAACGAAAUCCCAGGAGGAGGACAGAAAGGAGGACGUGGAGACACUAGCGAGAUAUGCCAAGAACUACAUGCCUCUGCUCUUUAAUCUCUACACUAUAAAGCCCAAUGGCUCAGACGAAGAGGGACAGCGUCAAGCUGCUUUUGACACCAUCAAGGUCUACUUGACAAUUACUCCUCAAGAAGUCACUGGAGAGCUCUUCGACAAAGCCCUGGAAAAACUCCAGGCGGAGGGUAACGAUGACUUCACGAAGCAAAGUGUUUUCGAUCUUAUACGAAUCGUCACUCAAUUCACUGACAGUAAUCGUUUGCAAUCUCUCUAUGAAAAGAUCGUCCCAAUAAUUCUCGAGGACAAGACCCCGAAGGACCAAAAGAAGGCGUACAGAUUCCUUGAGGAAAUUUGUGGAAGCCAGUCUGACGUCUGCAAGGCGUACGUACUUGAGCAUCGAAAGGCUGUUGAAAAAUUGAUAAUCACUGCUACUGAGAAGGUCUGCACAACAAGCAAGGGUGCAAGGCUCCGGUGUAUAUCCCAUCUCGUGGAGAAUCAUCCCCAGCUUGCGAGGUCUAAAUUCUUCAAGGCCAUCGUUCCAGAGGUCGUUCUGUGCAUCAAGGAUUUGAACAAAAGAUGCAGAACGACUGCCUACGAGUUACUUAAUGUAAUAGCUGACAAGUUUCUGGAGAAUGCGGAUAAUUUCAAGGAGUAUAUCGACUUGUUGGUGUCAGGCCUGGCUGGAGCACCUAUUUACAUCAGUGCAACACUCCUGGCAUUGGCUUCCUUGACUUACAAGUACAAUGGAACCGUCGGGGUUGCCACCCUCAAGGAUAUUUUGGGGAACACCUGCGUUUUACUGACUGGUCCAACCAGGGAAAUCGCCUUGUCAGCCCUCAGUUACAUCAAGGUCUAUCUCUCUGCUCUCCCAACUGCCAUCAUUGGCCCCAACUUGGAGGCGAUAAUCCAGGGACUCGUGGGGAUGACCGACGACUGCAAGAGACACUUCAGGCAAAAGGUUAGAGAUAUCCUGGUAAAGCUCAUCAGGAAGUUUGGCACUGAUACCAUCAUAAGCAUGGUUCCAGCUUCUGACCAAAUGAUGCACAAACGAUUACGAAAUAUCAAGAAGAUUGAGAUGAGGAAGCAAAAGGCGAAGGAGGAGAGAAAGGGUCAGAAUGGGGAAAACGAGAGGGACGAGGAGGAGUUUAAUGUCAAGAGGAUGCCCAAGAGUGUGGAGGAGAUACUGGCGGACAGUGAUGAGGAGUUUGAUGAUGACAAUGUGAGAGAGGAGUCUAAGGGAAAGAAAACUGCGCGGAGAACAUGGAUUAAGGAGAGUGGAGAGGAUAUUGUGGACUUUGCUGAUCCCUCAGCAGCUAGGAACAUCACUGGAACAAGACCUGGUGAGUCUGUGAAAGUGAAAAAAUCCAAGGACAAGGAUCAUGGGUUUAAAACUGCUGAGGAUGGACGGCUUAUCAUCAAGGACAGUGACGAUGAGGAAGAUGAGGAAUCGACAAAGAAGAAGAAGAAGAAGCUGCCGUUCUUGGGGAGUGAUUCUGACGACGAUUACCAGGAGGAGGAGGAUGAUAGUAAGUCUCUGGUGUCCUCUGGGGACACCCGACCCAAAAGGAAAAGGAAACUGAGCGGCAGUGAAGCUAGUAGUGUGGCUACCUCGAGGUAUCAGGCUGGGGGAAAAGGAAUUCAUAGACCUGUCAAAGCGCAAAGGAUCGAGAAGACACCUGGUGCUGAGUUCAAGGGAAAGAAGGCACCAGGGGACGUGAAGAAAAAGGGCAAACAUGAUCCCUAUGCUUAUCUGCCGCUCACCAGGGCAUCGUUGAAUAGAAGAAAGAAAUUGAAGAAUGCGGGCAAAUUCAAGAACAUCGUCGCUGGGGCCAGGAAAGGGGCGCAGGCGGGCACCAGAGGCAGGAGGAGGAAAUAGAUUAGUAUAGCUUUAUUAUCUAGCGUAUGAUAAUAAUUAUGUGUGAUUUUUUUUUCUUGAUUAAAUACUAAUAGUUGU